CGGCUGCAGCAACGGGUCCGCGUCAAACAGCUGACACCUAGACGUAGAAACUUUUAUAACACAACUAAUAUUUUAUUGAAAAAGUGUCGACGAACAAAUAGCCGUAAAAAUCUGUUUAAAGAUAGACUCCAUGCCGCUGAAAAGUUCACUGCAGAAUAUUUAAUUGACAACAAUUCUGCAAAAAUGACUGCUGCAGCUUCAUUAUUUAUGCGCUUGCAAAUAAGAGAGACUAGCAAACUUAGUAGAGGCCGUCGAUUCACUAUCGAUGAAAAAAUGUUGAGUUUAUCUUUGUAUAAAAGAUCGCCAAAAUGCUACAGAAUGCUGUCUAAACUUAUUACUUUACCAAGUAAACGGACAUUGAAUAUAAUAUUGUUUACAGUUGUAAUUUCUACUGGUAUUUGCCCAUCAAUAAUGAGUGUGCUUAAAGGAAAUGUUAAAAAUCUGAAUCUGAAUCUUAUAUAUACUAAUCUAUGAUGCGGCCCAAGUUCUGCGCUGAUUGAGGAUAAACAAUAAUUGCCUAUCGGUACUAAAAACCCGCGGAUACCUACACAGUCUCAAUGACUAUUGAUAAAACCCUUCCGUCCUGAGAUCCCCUCAGGAUAUCAAAUCGAUUUAUUAUGAUUUUAGAGGGAUUUCGCUGUGACGUCAUUUUUUGUCAAACAUAAAUUGAUGUUCACUACACUUUAGUUGUAUUCUAUUAGAUACACAAUGUUUGUUUUUGUCCUAGUGUAAUAGUGUACGUUUUCUAUUCUAAUGAAUAAAAACGGCGAAAUCACUAAGUCGGGUAAUACUCCACGGUCGAGUGAGAUACCAGGAUGGGUAAUUUAUAUUGUUGUAGAUAUUGUUUUUUUAAACUUGAAACCCGGAUUACUCUUAAAAAAACGAUUUAGAGGCUCGUCAAGGGAGGCAAGUGUGACUCAGCCUCACCUAACUGUUGUAAAUAAUAAGAAAUUAUACU